AUGAAGACUGCAUUAAUUUCAUCUGCUUCUUCAAUCUGGUGGAAGGUCGGUGCAAUUGCAGGUGGCAGUGGCGUGCUACUCGGCGCUUUUGGAGCUCAUGGACUCAAAAACCGUAUCAAAGAUCCACAAAUGCUCAAAAAUUGGGAAACAGCCGCUUAUUAUCAGCUGGUCCACUCGGUGGUGUUGUUGGCUACACCAAUGUGUCGACGACCGGGACUGGCUGGUGGACUUAUUGCAACGGGCACGAUGUUAUUUUCGGGAUCUCUCUAUGCAAUGACGCUUACGGGGGAGAAGAAGCUCGGCAUGAUCACGCCUAUUGGAGGUGUUGCGAUGGUGGCGGGGUGGUUGGCAUUAAUGUUGUAG